AUGUGUCCUCCUCCGUCAAAGGUCAACACUAAAGGUGCACCAAAGAAACCGAUGAACAGAAACCAAAGAUCCACAAAGCAUGAUCCGUCUUAUUGGGAGUAUGUUGAUGCUUUCCAUUCUGUUCAAAACAGCAACUCUUCAGUGAAACGUAGUGCAUCAUCUUCUGACCCGCCGAAACCAACAAGGAUCAUCCCGAUGUUGGAUCAAUUUGAGCCAUUUAUACAAGGUUUCAUUGACAACAUUGUGGAUGUGAAAGCUAACGGUAACUGUGGAUAUCGGUCCAUUGCCGCUUUAUUAGUUGUGGGCAAAGAUUCUUUGUCGUUGGUGCACAACGAAUUGAUUAAAGAACUUGGCAAAUGGUCGCAUGACUAUAUCAACCUCUUUUGUGGCACAGAGGGAUUUGAAGAAUUAAGGUUGUCCUUACUUGUUGAUGGGUUUUCCAAGCUUGACACCACAUUGGUUUAG